AUGUCCCCCAAGACAGACAGCUACACGCUCUUCACCCCACUGCGUCUCGGCAAAGGACUCGAGCUCAAGAACCGCAUUGUGUACGGACCUGUCACUCGUGCUCGCAGCGACAUUGAAACCCAUGCACCCGUGGAGCGCAAUGCUAUCUACUACGAGCAGCGUGCUGGGGCCGGACUCAUCGUCACUGAAGCCUGCGCUAUCUCCGAACAGGCAUUCGGCUGGUACGGUUCCCCAGCGCUCUACACCGACGAGCAAGUGCGCGGAUGGAAGGAGGUGGUUGAACGUGUGCACAAGAAAGGAGGCAAAAUCUUUGUGCAGCUUUGGCACAUGGGUCGUCAAUCUCACCCCUCGUUCCAUGACAACAACGAAGUGGUGUCGUCCUCUGCCACGUUGUACGAAACUGGCAGAACUCGCAACGUGAACGGAGAGCACGUGGGAUACGAGCGAGCUCGAGCGUUGACUCUGAACGAGAUCCCGGAGGUGGUGGAACAGUGGCGUUCCUGUGCCGAGCGAGCCAAGGAGGCGGGCUUCGACGGUAUUGAGGUGCAUGCUGCGGGAGGCUAUUUGAUAGACCAGUUUCUUCAAUCCUGCACCAACCAGCGCACGGACAGCUACGGUGGGUCAUUCGAGAACCGCUACCGCUUCCUAGACGAUGUUAUUGAGGCGGUGAAGACAGUGUAUCCGGCGGAUCGUAUUGGUGUUCGCACUGCUCCUAACAGCCCGUACGGUGGAAUGGGCAGCGAAAACAACGCCGAGAUGUUCACGUACGUGUACGAACGCUUGUCAGAACACGGAUUGGCGUAUUUGGCCAUCCUUGACGGCUGGGAAGGAGUUGGAGUUGACGCACAUUAUCACGGUAAGUGCCGCCCGCUUACCACCUUCGACGCCAAGAAAGCUUUCAAAGGAACUGUCAUUGCGAACAAAGGCUACUCGAGAGACACUGCUGAAGGUGUUCUUCGAAGCGGAUCAGCUGAUCUCGUUGGCUUCGCGCGAAUGUUCAUGGCGAACCCAGACCUAGUCGACCGCUUCAAGAACGACUGGCCUCUGACCCCAUUGAUGGACUACGAGUUCUUCUGGGACCCUGUUAAGGGCGACGAGGGAUACAUCACCCUGAGCAACUUCGUGCCCUAGGAGAUAAGCACAGCUGUUGAAUUGUUCAGCAUUGUCCUUCAAAUAGUUAAUUUCUUCAUGUAUCCAUAUAUGGAUAACUGUUUUAAAUUUAACAAUCUGAAGAAAUUCUGAGCACUUGAUCGCG